AGAAGACAUAAUGAAGUUAGCUAUAUUAUUGAUGGUAGUAUUUGCUUCUGCUUUGGCAGCUGAGAAGUACACAACUAAGUAUGACAACAUCGACUUAGAUGAGAUCCUCAACAACGACAGGCUAUACGAGAAGUACUUCAAAUGUAUCAUGGGCAAAGGGAAGUGUACUCCGGACGGCAAAGAGCUAAAAAAUGAUAUGCCAGACGCAAUUAAAACAGAUUGCUCGAAAUGCUCAGAUAAGCAGAAGGAAGGCACAGAUAAAGUUCUCAAGUUCAUGCUUGCAAAUAAGAAAGCAGAUUACGCUGUGCUGGAGAAGACCUAUGAUCCUGCGGGAACAUAUAGAAAGAAGUAUGAGUAAAUUCUUUUUUUUUUUAAGAAGAAAUUAUAUAAAUGUUUGGAUAAAUGUCUUUUUAAUUGAAUUACAUUACAAAUGUAUACAUUAGUCAAUUAAAUACACGUAUUAUAUUAUAUUAAGUGAAUAUUUGUAACAAAUAAUAAAAUGUUUCCUCAUUGAA